AUGUCCCGCGGCUCUGCCUACGACGCCCCCGCCGCCAACGACGGCCAGGCCUCCCCCUCCCCCUCCCUCGAGGAGCGUGGUCGUCGCCGUGCCCGCGCCGCCACCACCCCCAUCCCUGCCAGUCCCUCCUCCUCCCCGUCUUCCGCCGCUCUCCCCGUUGGCCCCCUCUCCCCUGCCGUCAACGCCCGCGCCCGCGUCCUCGCCAGCGUCCGUCUUCGUCCUUCCCCGGCCCGCACCCCCUCCUACGGGUCUGCCGCCUCCUCCCCCGCUGCCGCUGCCACCCCCCUGCGCGCCACCUUCGACGAGGCCUCUGCCUUUGCCCCCGCCGUCCGUCGCGCCGCCAGCCCCCUUCCCCGCGCCAGCUCCCCCAUCGCCAUCCCUGGCGCUGCUGAGCGCAACCGCGUCCACCGCCGCCGCACCGAGGGUCGCCGCCGUGCUACCUCCGAUACCUCGCGCCCUGGCGGCUACUCCGCGGAGGAGCUCUCCGCUCAAGCCACUCGCCUCCGCGAGCGCAUCGGCGUUGGCCGUGGCUGGGUUGACCCCGCCGGCCGUCUCCGCGCCCUCCCCCACGGUGCCCGUCUGCCGCCUCCCUCCUCCCUCACCGAGGAGGACCUUGCUCGCGCCCGAGCCUUGUCCCCCGCCUAUCCUCGGGGCCCCUCUCCUCCUCCUCCCCCUCCCCAGACGGAGGAGGAGUAUAUGAGGGGUGUCGAGGAGCGGGCCAAUGAGUACCACGCCUUCUAA